AUGGGCAACUAUCAAAACAAUUUUAAAUUGGCAACACUCUGCACGAAUUCUAAGGAACCCCCUGACUUCAAAAAUCUAUUCCAUGACCAUUCUUGUGGGCCAAUUGCUUUCAAAACAUCCCCUGCAACGUAUAAAAAGCUACCAAACGCUGGCCGCGUCCCACCUAGAGGCACUCAUGGUCCAUCUCAUCCUGCAGCAUGGUCCUCUGUGCGGCAUCAAAAGGUUAAUGCAGGACCAAAUUGUCUAACUGCUCCCAACCUAAAGCACUCCCUACCUGAAGCAGGUGGCGUCCCACCUUUAAGAACUGAUGGUCCUUCUCUGCUUUUAGCAGCACAACAUAGAGCAUCUCUUGCUGAACGGAUGGCCAACCCGUUCUCUGUGCCACACCAAAUGGUUACUGCCGGACCAGCUGCUCCCAAUUCUGAACCCCUAUUGCUUUGGUUUCAGUUUAUACUCUUUUCUACCAAGUUGUUACUGAAUCAACAUCAGUAAACACUUGUCUGUAUAUAUUUGAACUGGAGUUCGAAAUGAAUAUAUGUAACGUUCCUGUUUAAGAUUACAUCAGAAAUGUAUGUGAUUAAAAACUUUGUUACAUUUUCUGGAGAUGCAUGCCUUAUGUUGCUUAUGUUUAUGAAUGUAAUUAGUUAGAAGUACCAGUUUUACUGGUGGUAAUUUAGAUGAAUGAAAUAAACAGUUAGAUUUUUGAUUGCUUUGGAAGGGACUGUGAAUGAGUAUAGUAUGCACUAAGCUACGUUUUACCUCUAAUAAGCAUUAUGGUUUGGAUGUUGAGCUUUAUUAGAAAUUUUUUGUGUACUCUAUUUAAUUACAAUUUAUCUUUCAUUAUUAA